AUGGGAGUGCUGCCACAGCUGGAACUUCAAGAACUGGUAAAGUUCACUUCACUUGCAAUAGGAUCGGCACUUACAUCACUAGAAGUGGGCUGCUUUGCUUUAGCAGAAAGUUGCCAGAACAUAUCAGGAGGAUUAUGGGGAACUGUAAUUAACAUCCUUCUGGACACAUCUGAAUGCAGCAUGGUGCGAAGAGAGGCUGCAUUUAUUCUCCAGAAUCUUUUGGUUAUCCCACUGCCGGCUGAAGAGGCUAAAGACUCCAUUUGGCAGGGGCCUUGUGUACAUGAUGAAGGAUCUGGCCUAUCUCUGACUGGAAAACCUGCUCUGCAGGCCUUGCUAUACCACUGCCACUUCUAUGAGCAUUUGAAUGAGAUGGUGAAGGGGUGCUACCUGGGUCGGUAUACAUUUGAUGUGGAUUUUUCUGUGGGAGAUUGCCUGGUAUCAGCAAAGAAUGGCAUGAAUGACUUUGAAGAUUCUCUUUCUGCUUGGAGAGUCCAGAGUGGUGAAAGCCAAUCUCCAAGCUCUCGGUCAACUUCUGACACUUGGAUAAUUUCAGUAUCGCCAUCACCGGGAUGUGCUAUGGAACUAGAAGCACCCUCUUCACCAGCUGUUAGUCUCAUUCGUGAUGUGGCAGUGAACCGAUUCAUAGCUCAAGGUCAGAGUGACACAACCACAACAGCAUCUUCAAGUCCACAUGAUUCCCCAGAGACUGUCACUAGACCUAAUCAGUGUGCGGUAGUCACACCCCCUCUCCUAUCAGCUGUGUGUGGCUUGUUGGACAACUUGCUUGUUGUUACUCCAAAAGAGACUACGACUGCUCUUCGGAGAGCACAUACACUAACUGUUCUCAGUAGUCUUGUAAAUUCUGGCUUGCUAGAGAGAUGCAUCUUUGAAAUGAAAGCUCCCCUACCUCGGCCAUCUCAUAUGGAAUAUUCCAAAAUGCAGAUUUUAUUUCUACUGGAAUUUGUUUCAUCAUUGUCUCGACUGUUGAGAUCAUGUUUGUUGGUAGAUACCCAUCUUGUGCUGCAGGAUGAGUUAUUGAAGCCUCUCUUGGAAAAGUUCUUUGUGAUUCUUUCCCUUAGAUCCAAGGACAUUACAGGACCUGAAUUAUCAUCUGCAGUUCAUCAAACAUGGGAAGACCUGCUUAUUUUUUUGGCUACACUGUUAAGAAAAUGUGGCCAUGGUGCGCUACAACUUGUAACUCUUGCAUUAGCAAAGCAUUGGGCUUCAGUAAUAGAUACACUAUGUGAAUGUAUCCAUCUUUCUACCAGACAACCUAGUUUGUGUGUGGCCUGCUUAUAUUUCCUAGCCCUUCUUUUUACUGAAGAAGGGAAGAGAGAGUUCAACAAUAAAGAGGAUGCUUGCUACCACCCAACAGUAUCUUUCCUUCUUGAGGAAAAGAAGAACCAAUCAUCUGUAAUCAAGCUCUGUGAAUUACUCAUUCAGACCUAUGAAGUAAACUCUUUUCAGGAUGUGGUCAAACGAGUUGCUGCAAGUGCCCUGCUUCCCUUUUUAGCUGUUAGUAGAAGUGCCCAGAAAUGUGCUCUAGAAGGCAACCUGAUAGAGACUGGCUUGGAACAGAUGAAACAUAUUUAUACAGAACUGAAUCUAACUUUCUUGAAGCUUGGAAAAGCGAUCCAAAGAAAAAGGGAAGACAACCUGAGCAAAGAAUUAAAACUCGUCAUGCAUCUCCUAAGAAAUUGUUUCUUUCAAAAUGAAUCCUGCAAAGCAGCAGCCCUUGGAACUCAUCUUAUUUCUGUUUUGCAUGCUUUGUGGCCAUGGCUUCUAAUGGAUGAUUCCUUGAUGCAAGCAGCAUUGCAUUUGCUUUGUGUCUAUACUGCAAACUAUCCUUCAGGUUGUGCUUCCCUUUGUGUGACAAGUAGUGGCUUGUGCCCCUUCCAGACAACCCAAAGAACUGCAGCUGGGAACGCACUGAUGCAUCACAUUAUGAAGUUAGCAACUCAAACUCUCUCUGAGAACAGUGUCAUUCAGCAGAUGACCUUUAACCUUCUGGCAAACCUGGUUAUAUCUCAAGACUGUAAGGGUGUUCUUCAGAAGAAUAAUUUUCUACAGAAUUUUUUGUCACUGUCAUUGCCAAAAGGAGGAAAUAAAAGCCUCAGUGUGCUGGCUAUUGCUUGGAUAAAACUCUUACUAAAUUUAUCGUUUGGAGAAGAUGGACAGCAAAUGAUUGUGAAAUUGAAUGGUGGCUUGGAUCAACUUAUAGAGAUGGCCAAAUAUAAACACAGAAACAAUCCAUACAUGAUCCUUCUGAUUCUGCACAAUAUCUGCUUUAGUCCAGCCAACAAACCCAAGAUACUAGCAAAUGAUAAAGCUGUUGCAUUACUAUCUGCCUGUCUGGAAAGUGAUAGCUCUAUAGCUCGAAGAAUAGGAGCAUCUGCAAUUUGGGCUUUGCUUCACAAUUAUCAGAAGGCAAAAGUGACUUUGAAGAAUCCAUCAAUAAAAAGAAGGGUAGAAGAAGCUUUUAUGUUGGGAAAGAAAAGUCUUGAACAGCCACAAGAAAGUCAAGAGGAAGCCUACUACUUAAAGUGCCUGGAAACACUUGUGCAGCUUCUCAGCAGUUGACAGACACCAUGUUAACACAGGGCACAUCAGUAGGACUGGCUUCUCCAGAAGGCAUCAGAACUAAAAUGGCAUAUUAAAUAUGAAAUCCCUUGCACUAGAUUAUCUACCAAGAAAAGUGGGGGGAAAUGCACAUUUUUUGACUUAAUAGAAGAGUCUAUCAUACCAAAGAAUGUAUAGUAAAUGUUUCCAUGGAAACACUGUUCCAGCAUUAUGAUGUUACAGGUGGUCGAUGUAAGAAAGUAAUGAAAUAACUGAUUUUAAUUAUGUAAAUUGUAAUUAUGUGAAUGUGUUUGCAGUGUUUGAGCUUGUAUUAAUAAAGAGGUCUGUUUUAUUA